AUGGCCCUGCAUUAUUGGAUUUUCGUCAACUUCUUCUUACAUCUGGACAGCAAGCCCAUUGCAGUCGUUUAUGAAGGGUCCGCGGCGUAUUUGGCAGAUCUGGUGGACAGCGCAUCCGGAUCCAAGGUGGAGUUCUGGCCAUGCACGGCAUCUUGCAACCUUCCCUUUGGUCGGAGGGACGAUGUGAUUGCGGCUGUGGGUAUGCCGCGGAACUUCUCGAACUUGCACGACUUCCCGAACUUGAAGCUAAUCCAGAGUACAUCCUACAUGUAUCCGCGUCUGUCGGCGAUGCCAGCUGGUCCAGCUGUCGCCAAAUACGAAGCCCCAUGGAAAGCCUAUGGGGUGGAACCCAUCGCCGAAUUUGUCAUUGCAGCUGCCUUCCAAUGGGCAUACAAGCUCGCCGAAGUCUCUUCCAGAUUCGCCGCUUGUGGCUUCGGUCCAGGGGCACCCGGUGGCUGUGCUCCGGACAGUGCGCUGACUUCCCAUCCGACAUUAAUGAGCAAGUCGAUUGGCAUCAUUGGCUAUGGCACCAUUGGCGAGGCUGUGGCCAGACGAGCAUUUGCAUUAGGUAUGCGUGUGCUGGCAUCACGACGCCACGGUCCUUUUUCGUCUUGGUUGAUCAGCGACAACGACAAAGUCUUAGCCGAGUGCGAUUUCAUUGCAGUGACUGUUCCAGGUUCUGUCGUGGGGCUGAUCAACAAGACGGCAUUGGCACUGAUGAAGCCUGGUGCAGUGCUGAUCCCGGUGUCUGCAAAUCCUGUGGAUUUCGAUGCGCUGUACCAUGCUUUGCUCACGGGCUCGAUCGGUGGGGCCGUCCUUGACGUUUGGCCACAAGGCUGCUGGCACUACCCAGACUCAUUUUGCGGGCCUCCUUACGGGCGCGAGGCACAACCUUACUUGCAGUCGCAUCUGGCGCAGCUUGACAACGUCCUCGUGUUGCCAGGCGUCGCCAUGCGUGAUGCCAAAUUUUGGUCCAACAGCGCUGCAUGGGUUAGCGACAACCUGGUGGCGCUCAUCGAUGGCUUGCCGCUCAAAGGUGUGGUCCGAAAUGCCACUUUCGACACCAAGACUCAGGAGCCGACACGCCUGAUGCAGCUGGUGUGA